CUACCUCCUUUUUUUUACAUGUCAAGAACAACGAUAACCGUGCAUCACAGUUUCUUCCUCAAUAAACUACCUUGCUCUUUUGACAAGGCGUUUCCCUCUUUCUCUCUCGGAACUAACUUAUAUUUCACACAAGUCAAAUAAAUCAAAUAUAAGUCAAGAUGAAAUUCGUUGCUGUUGUCUCCGCCGCCCUUAUCGCUUCGGCUUCUGCCUUUGCCCCUUCUGCCACCAGCGAGGUAUGUUUGGACGGCGAUUCUGUCUGGACAGAAAUCAUUGUGCACUCAGUUGUCAAUAGAGUUGCGCGGCCGGAUUCGUCCCUUCCUUUGAUGGAUGAGAAUUCUGAUCGUUGCGAUGCAAUUAUCUUAAACUUUCGUCCGCCGAUACUCACGUGUUCCAUUUUCGAAACAACAUUUUUUCAGCGCGCCUCCACUGCCCUCAAUAUGGACCGCAGAGCCGCCAUGGCCGGAAUUGCUGCCGCUGCCGGUGCUGCCGCCAUGCCCGGUAUGGCACUUGCCGACGGAGCCGUCAGCGCGGCCACCAUCCAGCGAGCGAAGUUCCAGUACGGAAGCCGAAUCGCUGCCCUCAAGGACGCCGUCUCAAAAGGUGACUUCGGUGCCGUUGCUGCGGAAAAGAACGCUUUCAUCUUGUACAACUCUGGUGCCUUCCCCGGAACUAAGAACAAGGACAAGAAGGCCGCCGCCAUCCAGGGAACAAACGCCAUCUUUGCUGCCAUCCGCUCCAAGGAUGCCGGUGCCCUCAAGACUGCUUACGCAGCCUACACGAAGACUGUUGAGCUCAGUGAUUACGCCGCUAUCUCUGCUGAUCAAGGUCAGGGAUACUCUUCCGACUAUGAUUACAGAGUCAAGACCAGUCAGGCAGCCAUUUGGGUGCGAUAAACACUUGAUAGUGGUCAGCGUCGGUCUAUCGUCGUUGUCACAGCAUACGCUUGCGUGACGGUAUGAGUAGUAACGGAUUUUGAUUUCGGUAGUCUUUUCCCAAAAUACGAUGUGACAUUGUGUGGUGCAUUGGUAUGGGGAGAUAAAGAAGAGACCCGCUAAUAAAGUGGAACAAACGAAACAAAUGGUCUCUUGACUACGAUUGAUUCCCUGGAGCAAAAGAUUGUACGGUCCAAAAUGGAUGGGAUGUAAAGAAGUUCAUUUUAGAUCUAGAUAUUUAUACUCUUUCCCA